AUGGGGGCCCUAGGGAAUCCUGAGGGCUCAAGGGAGCAGCUGGAGUCAGGAGCAGGAAGAAGACCAAAAUGCUUCUCGCUUCACCUCGGAAUCCUUCCCCUCACAGUGUUCCUCUUGGUCUUCUUUGGCUAUGGGUUCCUGAGCCAAAGAAGUCAGAAAUCGAGAGAACCAGGAGCUGUGACUAGGAUGGUCUACGCUCAGCCAAAGGUGCUAACACCCAGUAGAGAAGAUGUCCUUGUCUUGACUCCGUGGCUGGCUCCCAUCAUCUGGGAGGGGACCUUCAACAUUGACAUCCUGAAUGAGCAGUUCAGGCUUCUGAACACCACCAUUGGACUGACAGUGUUUGCCAUCAAAAAGUAUGUGGUGUUCCUGAAACUGUUCCUGGAGACAGCAGAGCAGCACUUCAUGGUGGGACACAAGGUCAUCUACUAUGUCUUCACUGACCGUCCUGCCGAGGUGCCGCAGGUGCCCCUGGGGGCAGGACGGAAGCUGGUGGUCCUGACUGUGCGCAACUACUCCCGCUGGCAGGAUGUGUCCAUGCACAGGAUGGAGAUGAUCAGCAACUUCUCCGAGCGGCGCUUUCUGCAGGAGGUGGAUUACCUGGUGUGUGCAGAUGUGGACAUGAAGUUCCAAGACCACGUGGGUGUGGAGAUUCUCUCAGCACUCUUCGGUACCCUGCAUCCUGGCUUCUACAGAAGCAGCCGAGAGGCCUUUACUUACGAGCGCCGGCCGAAGUCCCGGGCCUACAUUCCCUGGGAUAAGGGCGACUUUUAUUACAUGGGGGCCUUCUUUGGGGGGUCAGUGGUGGAGGUAUACCAUCUCACCAAGGCCUGCCAUCAGGCUAUAGUGGAGGACAAGGCCAAUGGCAUCGAGGCCGUGUGGCAUGAUGAGAGUCAUCUGAACAAGUACCUGCUGUACCACAAGCCUACAAAGGUGCUGUCCCCGGAGUACAUGUGGGACCAGCAGCUUCUGGGCUGGCCCUCCAUCAUGAAGAAGCUGAGAUAUGUGACUGUGCCCAAGAACCAUCAGGCAAUCAGGAACCGAUAGCUGAAUUCCUGUUGGAGAGGCCAGGCUUAUAUCCAGGGUCACUCCAGGCUGUGUGGAACUGGGAAGAUUUGAGAGACAUUUAUGAAGUGUCGCCAUCUACCCCACUUCAGGGUCUAGCAGGCCCAGUACCACUUGUCUUACCCUACACUGAGCCCCUGGAGUGGCAGCCACCCUCACCUCCCACUGUGUCUCUA